GAUGCACGUGAUCCAGCGACGAGCACUGCGCCAGUCAAGUCGCGAAGGAUGAGGGUAAUGGCAUAAUGUCAUUUCCGUAAUUUGUUUAUAAACCGAGGGCCCUUUCCUUCCUUUCUUCUUAAAUACUCAAGUUCAUUAACUACUCCUCCACUCCCGAACUCUGAGAGAGAAGAUGGAAGCUCAUAAGCUGCUUCUAAGGAUUCGAGCUCCAUUAAUGGCGAUUGCCUCGUUGAGUGUGCUCGCUUAAGUCUAGGUGGGUCUCGAGAUUUGAACUCUUUCAGUGAAGAUUUCAUGGCCUUUUGAAUGUGCAAACUUUACGAUACUACAAGAGAAUGAUAAUGAUCAAGGAAAGAUUUGAAGAGCUGCUGACAACAAACACUUGGAAAAUUUAGAACCUCAGAAAACUUAACCAUGGAUCUCUUCAAACUCAACUGCAUUGCUCAUGCAUCACCUUCAAUGCUUCUUCUCUUUUUAUUGUGCUUACCAUCUCUAGCAACUUCAGAUUUGAGCUCUGAGAAGCAAGCUCUCCUUUCCUUUGCUAAUUCAAUUCACCACGGCUUGAAACUUAAUUGGAGCCCAAAUGCUCCAAUUUGUUCUUUGUGGAUCGGGAUCACUUGUACUAGAGAUCAAACCCAUGUCUUUGCCCUUAGGCUACCGGGUAUCGGGCUUUCUGGCCAAAUUCCCGCAAAUACCCUUGGCAAACUCGACCACCUUCAAGUCUUAAGCCUUCGAUCCAACCAUCUCAAUGGAGAUCUGCCUAUCGAUAUCUUGUCACUUCCAUCUCUUCAAAAUCUUUACCUUCAGCACAAUUACUUGUCUGGGAAAAUACCAAAUUCACUCUCUUCAGGGCUUGUCUCCCUUGAUCUCUCCUUUAACUCCUUUUCAGGAGAAAUUCCACUGGCAGUUCGAAAUCUCUCUCAACUUGCUGUUCUUAAUCUUCAGAACAAUUCUCUCUCUGGACCAAUCCCUGACCUCAAACUCCGAACAUUAAAUCAUUUAAAUCUUAGUUACAAUAAUCUUAAUGGUUCUAUACCCUCUUCCCUCCAAAACUUCACAAAUGAUUCAUUUGUGGGCAACAUUCAAUUAUGUGGCCCUCCAUUAUCUCAAUGCUCUUCAAUUCUUCCUUCCCCUUCACCAUCAUUAUCUCCCUUAUCAAAUCACCCUACGUUUCCUCAGACUAAAGGAAAGAGUACUACAAAGAAGCUAACUACAGGGGUCAUAAUUGUUAUUGUUGCUGGAGGAUUGGCCUUGUUCUUGCUAAUCACAAUCAUACUUAUCGUAUGUGUUGUGAAGAAGAAGGAUGGAGAAGGGAACAUAGCAUCAAGGGCGAAAAGUUUGACUAGUGGAAAGAAUGAGAAGCCUAAAGAGGAAUUUAGUAGUGGAGUUCAAAUGGCUGAGAAGAAUAAAUUGGUAUUUUUCGAUGGAUGUUCAUAUACUUUUGAUCUCGAGGAUUUGUUGAGAGCUUCAGCUGAGGUCCUAGGAAAAGGGAGUUUUGGGACGGCGUACAAGGCUGUUCUUGAGGAUGGAAGUAUGGUUGUUGUGAAGAGAUUGAAGGAGGUGAUAGUGGGAAAGAAAGAGUUUGAACAGCAGAUGGAAAUUAUUGGAAGAGUUGGUCGGCAUCAGAAUAUUGCGCCUGUUCGUGCAUAUUACUACUCGAAGGAUGAGAAGCUUAUGGUGUAUGAUUAUGCUCCUGCUGGCAGUUUCUCUAGCCUCUUGCAUGGAAACCGUGGCAGUGAAGCAAGAACCCCCUUAGAUUGGGACACAAGGGUGAAAAUCUUACUCGGCGCAGCAAAAGGCAUAUCUCAUCUCCACAGAGAAACCAACGGCAAACUCAUCCACGGCAACAUGAAGUCCUCAAAUAUCCUCCUAACCCAAGACCAAAACCCCAUAGUCUCCGACUAUGGCCUAACCCCAGUCAUGAACAACCCACCCUCUCCCUCGCGGGUCACUGUAGGCUAUCGCUCUCCUGAGCUCAUCCACACAGGGAAACAAACUUCAAAAUCCGACGUCUACAGUUUCGGGGUUGUGUUGCUCGAGAUGCUGACGGGGAAAUCGCCCGUGCAGGCACCGGGAUGCAAUGAUGUUGUGGAUUUGCCGAGGUGGGUGAGCUCUGUUGUGAGAGAAGAGUGGACGGCAGAGGUUUUUGAUGUGGAGCUGAUGAGGUGUGAGAAUGUUGAGGAGGAAAUGGUGCAGAUGUUGCAGCUUGGGUUGGCCUGCGUCGCGAGAGCGGUUGAUCAGAGGCCAACAAUGGAGGAGGUGGUUAAGAUGAUGGAGGAAAUCAAGGGGUUGGAUUCUGAGAGUCGGACGUCGAUGGAGGUUAAAGCUUCAGAGGUUGAAAAUUAUUGAGAUAUGCAAAUAAGUCUGUAUUUGUUAUCGUAACUUCCGUUAGCCUGUCUUGAUGUUGUCAUUGUAAUUUUCAACCAAUUUAUCUUUGAUUCAAUGAAGUGAUUGAUAUGUGGAUAUGGCAUCA